AUGCCAUCUCAUAGUCAUUGGAUGUUGGACAAGCAAUCAAAAAGACUAAACUUGGCAUCAAUCAUAUUAACAAGGAGUAGUUUUCUGGCCCAGAAUGCUACUCAGCUGGAGCACCAGACUGAUGCAAUCAACAAGUACAUCAGCCACUGGACAAAGAGCUCACUCAAACCUACCAAUCUAGCUCUGAACCAGUUGGUCAAGGGGUGCCAAAUGGCAAUGCAUAGUGCUGCUCUUUUGACAAAGGAAAACAAGGAAUUUAGAGCUGCCAAUGAGAAACAAAAGAGAAAGGGUCUUGCAAUAAAUCGUCGGUCUCUCUCCCGGCUCACCAAAAAAGAACCAAGACGCUUUGCCUACGACACCACAAGCGCCAUGGUUAUUUUAUCAAGCCCUGACCAAGCAACUCCCCACAUCCUGAGACCUGAUGUGGACUCCCUUGCGCAAGCCUAG